GUCAAGAUAAAGUUGGAGGUAUAAAUUUCGCGAAUUUCGUGUUAUCUCUUAUUCCACUGAAUACUACUGAAAAUGAGUGUUAAAGUAGCUGUCGUGACCGGGUCUAAUAAGGGCAUAGGUUUCGCGAUCGUCCGCGGUCUUUGCAAGCGUUUCGACGGUGAUGUUUACCUCACAGCGCGCGAUGUCGGUCGCGGGAAGAAGGCUGUUGCCGAUCUCGAAAAAGAGGGUCUAAAACCUCAUUUCCACCAGCUGGACGUUACCCAACCGAAGAGUAUCGAGACCUUCCGUGAUUAUUUGAAGGAAAAAUACGGCGGGAUCGAUGUGUUGGUAAACAACGCUGCCAUCGCUUUCAAAGCCGAUGCGACAGAACCCGUAGCGGUCCAAGCGAAGGAAACGUUGUUCGUAAACUACUUCUCUCUGGUUUCCACGUGCGAGAUCCUGUUUCCUCUGCUUCGCAAAGGCGCCCGAGUGGUGAAUGUCUCAAGUUCCGCCGGCCACUUGUCUAGGAUUCCCAGUGAAGCUUUGAGAAACCAGCUGAAAGACCCUAAUCUGACUGUUGAGAAGCUAUCGGCUCUGAUGCAGCAGUUUGUGGACGCGACGGUGGCCGGUACCCAUGCGGCUGAGUGGGGCAAUUCCACUUAUGUUGUCUCUAAAGUUGGUGUGUCGGCCUUGACCAGAGUCCAGCAGCGGCUUCUCAAUGAUAAGGGCAUAAUAGUGAACAGUGUCCACCCGGGCUACGUUGACACAGACAUGACCUCACACAAAGGCCCUCUGACCAUAGAUGAAGGCGCGUCUGCACCUCUGUACCUGGCCCUCGACGCUCCUGACUCUGUCAAGGGACAAUACCUAUGGAGAGACAGCAAAAUUGUUGACUGGGAAGGGGAACUCCCUGGCCCAUACUAAAAAGCUACUUUUCAAUUAAAAUGCCUCUUUAUUUUAUGAAGCAUGUUGCUUUAAAAGCUUUAAUAUGCACUGUAGAGCAUUUUUUGUAUAACUUUUGCUUUUAAAUACAUGUUCAUAGUUUAAGUAAAGGUUUCUGAAUCGCUUCAUACAUUCUGUUAUUUAUUCAUUAUUAGGCUCAAAGAGCUACUUUUAUUAAGUUACUUAUAAGUUUGCAUUGUGCCACUCUGUGUUAUCUUAUCAAUAAACCUACAACAUUUAUAUCAAAGUA